CACAUUUCGCGCCAUUGCAAGUAGUUCUCAUUGUACGAUAUAUUAGCUGCAAAACGUAUGAAAACUCGAUCAGUCUGAGUGUUAGUUAAUAAAUAUAUGAAGAUUGCAUAUAAUGGAACUUUCAGAUCAGCAAGUUGAUGAUUCUUCCUUGUCAUUAGAUACAAAUUAUUUACAAAUCUCGUGCAACUGGAAAAUCAGCAAUAAUAAACAGUUUCGUGAUGCUUUCACAUUAGAAGCUUCGUCUCUAGAAUUUAUGAAAACUAACUUCGAAGAUAUAGUUUCUUUAAAUACAUGUAUAUCUUUACAACCAAUUGAAUCCAACAAUGAACCAUGUAUGCUAGAUGUAAGAUUAACUAAUGGGCAGAGAAUUUCUCAGAUUGCUGUAGUUUCUGAAGCUUAUGUAUUAGAAUUUUUCAAACAAUUUGGGGAAUAUGAAACAACAAAGUUUGCAGAAUUUGUAGAUGAAUUUGAAGACAAUUCAGUCUACUUUGCAGAAACAGCAAUUUUUCCACAUGCUACAGAAGCUAGUAUUAAGUUUACAAAAACAAAAAGUAAAAAUUCAGUUAUGUGGAUAUAUGGUAUAAAACUCUAUGUAACAGAGUCAAUUAAUGAACCUAAGAGUUUUUCCACAGAAAUAUUUAAUCCUGAAAUAAUAAGAAAUUUCUUAACUAAACUUAGUUUUAACAAUGAAGGGAACAAUAUUACGAAUGAUGUUCAAUCAUGUUACAUGAAUAUUUUGAAUUUAUCAAAAAAUAAAGGUGUUCAGAAAAACAAUGAAGAAGAAGUGGCACAGUCUGCGAUGGAUAGUACUGUGUCAAAUAAUAUAGAUAUCGUGACAUAUAUUGAUAAGAAAUUUGAAGAUAUGGAAGGAAGAUUAAUGAAAAAAAUUGAUGAAAUGGAACAAAAAACAAAUGAAAAACUUGAUACUAUUUUGAGACAAUUAGAAACCCGAUGUAGUGUCAAGUGACCUUCAAUUCAUAUAAAAUUUAAAAGCAUAUUUGUAAAUAAUGACAAUAUAUAUUUAAUUCUGUAUGGAAUAUAUAUGUAAAAUAUACACAUAAAAAAUUUUGAAGCUAGUAUUUUUUCUUAAAAAGAGUUUUAUUCCUAAAUGUUUCUUGAAUAUCUAUUUACACAUUUUUGAACCUUCACAUUUAGUGAUGUUAAGUCUUGUAUAUUUUGACUAUCAGUUAUAUGUACUUUUUAUUUCUCAAUUUUGCAUUGCAAUUGAACCUU